GCGGCGGCAUGGGCUCGGGCCACCGCCUCCGCCCGGCCGCCCGCCCGGACUGUCGCGGCCCGCGGUGGAGACGGCGGCCUCAGCAAAGUUUCCCCGGUGGCGGCCCGGAGGCGCAUCCUCCCGCAACUGUCAAGCGCUGGCGGCGGAAAUGAUGAGGCGCUGGCCAUUUUCCGAGCCCGGGUUUCCUGCCUGAGCCCCGCUCGAGCGAGCCGCGAGCCAGGAGCCGGCGCGCGGGAGAGAACGCGCCCGGGGCGGGGGCCCUCCCGCCCCCUCGGGAUUUCGGGGGUCCGGGGGCGCGCGACGCCAUGGGCCGGCCGGGCCCGGACCCCCUCUCUUUCAGCCCGGCCGCUCUACCUUGGUCUCCGCCAUGAACGGGCCCACCUUGCAGUCCUCCUCGGCCUCCUCCACAUCCUCGGCCUCCUCGGCGGCGACGGCCCCAUCCCCGCGAGGCUGGAGCGAGUUCUGCGAGCUGCACGCGGUGGCCGCAGCCCGGGAGCUGGCCCGGCAGUACUGGCUUUUCGCCCGCGAGCACCCGCACCACGCGCCGCUGCGCGCCGAGCUUGUGUCGCUGCAGUUCACCGACCUCUUCCAGCGCUACUUCUGCCGCGAGGUGCGCGAGGGCCGGGCGCCUGGGCUGUCGGGCACCCGGGCCGCCGCCCCCGCACGCGACUACCGUGAGACUGGCCGCGGGCCCCCGGCCAAGGCCGAGGCGUCCCCAGCCGAGCCGGGCCCCGCCGCCCCCGUGCCCGCCCCCGGCCUGCCCAAGGCCCGCAGCUCGGAGGAGCUUGCCCCGCCGCGGCCGGCCGCCGCCUGCUCCCUCCAGCACCUGCGCCACAGUCUCCGCCACAUCUUCCGCCACCGCUCGGCCGGGGAGCUGCCCGCGGCCCCCAGCGCGGCCGCAGGGGAGGCAGGCGAGGCCCCGGCCAGGCCCGGCCUGGCCAGGAAGCUCCUGCCCUGGAGCCUGGCCCGGGAGCCGCCACCCGAGGCCCUCAAGGAGGCGACGCUGCGGUACAGCCUGGCUGACGAGGCCUCCAUGGACAGCGGGGCGCGCUGGCAAAGGGGGCGGCUGGCGCUGCGGCGUGCUGGCCCCGACGGCGCGGACCGCCUGCUGGAGCUCUUCGACCCGCCCAAGAGUUCAAAGCCCAAGCUACAAGCAGCCUGCUCCAGCAUCCAGGAGAUUCGGCGAUGCACACGUCUCGAGAUGCCUGACAACCUCUACACCUUUGUGCUGAAGGUGAAGGAUCGGACAGACAUCAUCUUUGAGGUGGGAGAUGAGCAGCAGCUGAAUUCAUGGAUGGCUGAGCUCCGGGAGUGCGCAGGCCAAGGCAGACUCAGCACAGACCCCGAGAUGCAUAUUCCCUCAGCCUUAGAGCCCGGCACAUCUAACUCUCCAAGGGGAAGCACAGAUUCCUUGAACCAAGGUGAGGGGUCAGGGCCUUUGUCCUCCGGUAUGUCAGAACUCAGCCCAGGACAUAAGGCACACACAAAGGAUCAUCAUCACCCAUCUCCUUCUCUAUCAGGUGCUUCUCCUGGGGGUUUGCUGGAUCCAGCCUGCCAGAAAACAGAUCACUUCCUGUCCUGCUACCCCUGGUUCCAUGGCCCCAUCUCCCGAGUGAAGGCAGCUCAGCUGGUUCAGCUGCAGGGUCCUGACGCUCACGGAGUGUUCCUGGUACGGCAGAGUGAGACUCGGCGUGGGGAGUACGUGCUCACGUUCAACUUCCAGGGCAUAGCCAAGCACCUGCGCCUGUCACUGACCGAGCGGGGCCAGUGCCGCGUGCAACACCUCCACUUCCCCUCGGUCGUGGACAUGCUCCACCACUUCCAGCGCUCACCCAUCCCACUCGAGUGCGGGGCUGCCUGUGACGUCCGGCUGUCCAGCUAUGUGGUAGUCGUCUCCCAGCCGCCAGGUGUGACCCUAAUGCCCCUUGAUAAAGGGGGUGGUGGCACUGGGAACCAAGACCUCGUGUUGUGUCCUUCCAACACUUGCCUCCACCCCGUUAAGACUGACAGUGUGGUCUCUCUCUUGGUCACUUGUCCCCCAGGUUCCUCCAACACUGUCCUGUUCCCUUUCUCCCUCUCUCGCUGGGAUUCAGAGCUGGGCCUUCCCCACCUUAGCGCUUCUGGCUGUCCACGGUGGCUCGGCCCAGAGGGUCUCCCAGGCCGGUCCUCACCCCCAGAGCAGAUCUUCCACCUGGUGCCUUCGCCUGAGGAACUGGCCAACAGCCUGCGGCACCUGGAGCCCGAGCCCACCAGUCGAGCCCGGGACUCGGACUAUGAAAUGGACUCCUCCUCCCGGAGCCACCUGCGGGCCAUAGACAAUCAGUACACGCCUCUCUGACAGGCCUCCCAGAGGCCCCCGAGGAGCACAAGCAAGCAGAGAUGUGAACUUCUGAACGUAACUUUCUUUCCUUCCUUCCAGAGAGAGAUUUAAGGGACACUGUUAACUGUUCAUUCCAGUUUGGAUGUGACCCUUCAAUUAGGCCUGUUAAAGGGCCUCCUAGAAGUUCCAUUCUCACCUGGCUUUCUCCUUAUUGUUUACAGAUGUAGUUCUUGUUCGUGGAUGUCGCCAGCUCCUGCCCGGGGUCCCUAGGACCAGGCCCCAUCACUCUUAGAGGGGGCGGUGGGGUGAGGGCCAGAGUUGGCAGUGGAAACUUGUUCUCUUUUUCACUGACACUGUCCCAGCUGGCAGACUUUCUACUUGGGGAGGGGGGAGGGGGGCCCAUCAGGGAGCCCAAAACACUAACAAGCCCUGGAUUCUCCUGUGGUUUUUCCCGUUAUAGCUUCAGUCCACGUGGUGGGUCUGCUGUACCCAAGCCACAGGUGACCACACCUAUCCUGCUUCGACUCUCAACUUUAGGACAAAGUUCUGGCAGAUGGACAAGCUAAAGGUCAAAAAUGAUUUUAAACAUUUUUACCUCAGAUUAAUUUUUCAAACGAUUCAGGUUUCAAAAUUAAACCACUGCUUAUUUCAUUGCACUGUUUGAACUAAUACCCAUGCGAUUUUUGUAGUCAGAGACAGCUAUGCAAAUCCUACUUGACCAGUUCCUGGUUCGAGCCAGCAUGCCUGGCUUCCUUGUCUAUUGCAUCCUCAGGACAGUCACCUGUUGCUGAGGAGCCACUGUCCUUCCUAAAUGUAGAGAAGUGAAGUGUGUCACCCUUUCAGGGAAAUUCAGGCAAUUACUGAAAUAGGAGGGUGGCAAGGAACAAUACCACCCUGGUGCCUUAUGAAUAAAAAACUGGAUUCUGGUUUACAGCAGCUUUAUGGUGAGAGUUAAACUGAGGGGUAAGGGAGGGGCAAGCAAAAAGGAAAAAAGGGCUGCUGGGCCCUUUCUAGUAAAUCCUUCACCAACGGGGCUGGCUUAGAGCCUCCAAGUGUCUAAAGGCUUAUUAAAUUAUCCCACAAGGUUUUAGGCUCAUUCUUGAGCCAAAAUGGAAGCUAGGAAUCUGGUGCCACAGCUAAUGAGAAACUCCUUUAAUAGCCCACAAUCAGUGUUCUGUUCCAGCAGUAACCACUGCUUCAUCUGAUGAAGCAUGUGUGUGCAUGUAUACAUAGGCACACAUAACCUCUACCAUGCAGGGAGGUCCUGCAGUCAAAUCUCCAUCUGUACUUGCCUUUCACAAGUGAUACAAUUCAUAGGGGGCUGGCUCCUCCCAGAACUUUCAUGCAGAGGCUCAGAAACAAGGGAGGCAGUGACCGAGUGGAGUCAGCUGCUUCUGGGUGCGAGCAGAGCCGUUCAAUAUAGCCGCUGGGCUCAUCGAAGUGGCUUCUAGGAAACUGGGACUUCAGCACAGCUUAACAUUUAUAGAUACAUCAGUCAAAAGCUAAAAUUAAACCUUGGCCUAAACUAACUACUUGCCUGCCUUAUCUGGGGUGAGGCGUGUGUCUGUUCCCUCCAGCCAUUCUCUGUACUCCAAGAGGUCAGAGGUCAGACUUUGGGAGGGGCAGGGAGGCCAGGAGCCACCUCUCUUCCACUUUUAAAACCAACACUCCUGGGACUUCCCUGGUGGUCCAGUGGUAGGACUCCGUGCUUCCCCUGUAGGGGGGUGUGGGUUCCAUCCCUGGUCAGGGAACUGAGAUCCUGCAAGCUGUGUGGCAUGCCCCUCCCCCCACCUUAUAUAUACAGAUAAAACCAACAGUCCUGGGUGUUUUCACAGACGGUAAAGCAUAACCAACCCUGAUCUAGAGUUAUGGUCUAUUUCUAAGGGCCACAUUUUCUACACAUCAAGCAGGUCUGAUUAAUGAAUGCUAAGCAAAGUGUAGACCAGGAGUUAAGCACUGUUUUGGAUUUCUCUUUUACAAGAGAAAGCUCAUCAUAGAAAGUCAAUGCUGACAAGUCACUGGUACAGAUUUUCCCUUUUCUGCACAGGAAAGGGGCCAAGCAGACAAUGAACCAAACAAGUAAGUUCCCUCCCUCCAACCAGAAGGGUAAACAAACAUCUGGGAUAUGAUAUCCACAAGCCAGGGGCACUCACUUCUUAACAGUCUCUCAACAUACAAUUCUCAGGUAGUGCCAAAAGGCAAGCCAGGCACAGCAAGCCAGCAGCUCUGACCGACUGGCUACAAAGUACAAGCUCAGAAUCUGUGACAGAGUCACCCACUUCCAGACUGCUUCAGUAUAAAAUGUUCACGAAAAACAUUUCUUUACUAAAUGUGUCUGAGUUACCAGGACAGCUCAAAUACAUUCCGACAAAAAGGCCCCUCAUGGCCUGGGAAGAAGCGACACUAAGUCAAUGCCUUUUCUUUCUGCUAGAGCAGGUUGAGCUGGAGGAACGGGAGCAGUGGGUCCCUGGGCUUGAUGCCGUCACAGGCAGUGAGGCAGCAACCCUGACGGCUGCAGCCAGCCCACCGCAGUCAUAGCACAUUCCACCACCCUCUUUCCAGCCUCAAUGUGACCACUGCUGGCGGCAAGAGGCCAAGCCAGCAGCCUCUACUGAGAGCCAGACUCUGAGUGCCAGUUGGACAGUAAGCAUCACAAGCCCUCCAGUUGUCUCUAAUUACAGACAACAAGGAUGGCUUAACUGCUCCCAGCAUCACCACUUCCUUCGCCUGACUUCAAUGAACUUUUACAAACUAACAGUCACCAGCACCAAAGAAUUAAGUCAACUAACCUGCCUUGAAUUUUAGACCAGCAAUCCAUAUGGCUUUAUCUGGUAUAAAUCUUCUGCCUUUGAUCAUUUCUGGACCGUGUAGGAGAAAGGAAUAGCAAUCAUUAAAAUCUUAAACCAGAAAACACUAUUUUUACAUAACAGUUUCUUAACUUAAAAUCAAGGCCUUGAACCCGUCCCUGAGGGUUGCCUUAGAUUCCUUUAUGCUAUUAUUCAGGGCUAAGUCUGUUAUCACAAAUGUCAUGUGAGCGCUAACAUCUCCCACAGGCUAGAGGAACUUGAUAGUUUAUUAUCCACUGACUCUUAACAAGGACACGUCUGACAUCCAGUGUUUAGCGGAAUAAGCAGCACAUUGUAAUGACAACACAGAAAAUGGAUUCAUCUUGUAUCAUUAUAGGCAGAAGGUAU